AUGUGGUCUCGACUGACCGAGGGGCUGGUGGACAUAGUGGCGCCCGAGGAGGGCCAGGAGCUGGCGCAAGGGGACGACGACCAGCUCUGGAGCCGCUUCGCCGCCGUCGUGGCUCCCCCUCCUGCCCCCGCUGCCGCCUCUGAAGCCCCCGGGGCGCCCGCCGGCUCGGAAGAGGACGAGCAGGAGCAGUACAUUUGCGAGCUGGAGAGGGCCCUUCUGCAGCGCAAGAAGCAGAACGAGACGCUGGAGAAGAAAGUUCAGGAGCUGGAAUCGCGAGCCGGGGAAGAGCGUCAACUCAAGAGACAAUUGAGAGAGCAGGAAGUGGAGAUUGCUCAGCAGAAGGCCACUAUUGAGCGGCUGCAGACCGCACGGAAUGAUGCCGUGACAAUGCAGGCUGAAGAGGGGCAAGAGUCGGGCACGGACCGCGAUCGGCUCGUUCAGGAGCUGCAGCAGGCGCAAGCUGAGGCUGAUACCCUUGCUGCUCAAUGCCAGGCUCACGAGAAAGAACUAGUUUCGCUGCGUGAUCGGGUGGAAGAGUUGCAAGCAGCGAAUGAAACCCUGCAGGAUGAUGAGCGUGAAGCGCGUUCGAGAGCAGGCGAGUACGAGCAGGGCUACAUGUACCUAUUGGCGGAGAUUGAGAAGAUGAAGGUUGUCAAUGAGGAGGAGAAGGCGACGUUGAUGGCAAAAAGCGAGGAGCAUGCAAGCUCCAUCGAUAGUCAGCGGUUGUAUGAGUUAGAGGCACGACUGACGACGUCUGAAGCGGACAAGGCGGUGGCGCAGCAAGAUGCUGAGAGAUUACAGCGCGAUCUGGAUGCUCUCGAAGGUGUGCUGCAUCAGUUCCAGGUGGAUAGCAAGGCACAAAGAGAGCGUGUUGCUUCGAUGGAAGCGGAGCUUGAACAAGUGAAGAGGGAGUUGCAGAGUCGCCAGCCACUUUCGGAGCCUAGAGAGGGUGAAGAUAACGACUUGGAGCGAGUCAUGGAGAAACUUGCGAAGAAGACGCACGAAUGCGAACAGCUACGCGAGGCGCUUGAGAGCACAGCAACUCAAUACAAUUCAGAGCGGGACGUGCUAGACAAGAGUCUCGCGGCACAAUUAGUGGUGGCAUAUGUGGAUAGUGACAAGAAGGGGGAAGUACUUCAACUCAUGGCCCGAAUGAUGGGCUUCACCGAGGAGCAGAAACGGCGUGUGGGAAUUGGCUACCCAAUUGAAGGCAAUGGCGGUGGCGGCUUAUUCUCAUCCAUUAUUGGUCUCGUGACUCCAGGUGAGGGCGGCAGCGCAGGUACAACCAUUGACCCAUCCACUGUGGAAGGCAAGAGCUUUGCAGAUAUGUGGUCGGAGUUCUUGCUGGAUGAAGCAUCUAAAGGUCGGUAG